GUCUCGACUGAAGGAUCACAGGAGUGUCCGGCGGAAGGAGAAGCGAGCACAGCUAGAAUUCAUGCCUUGGCAUCAACACUCAGGCCAUGGAAAUAACACUGAAGGGUUUUCCCAUGAAGGUUGUCAAUAUUCCAUGGAGGAACAACAACCUGAGUAAUUUGCAUUCAGAGCCUCCGCUGUCCGAACAUGGAGAGACUAUUAUUGGAAUCUACCUGCUGAUCUUAGGAUGGCUGUCCUGGUUCGGAAACAGUCUUGUGUUGUUUGUCUUGUACCGACAAAGAGCUUCUCUACAACCUACAGAUUUCCUCACUUUAAAUCUCGCCAUUUCGGAUGCCAGCAUCUCAGUAUUUGGCUACUCUCGAGGGAUUUUGGAAAUAUUUAACAUUUUCAAGGAUGAUGGUUUUAUAAUCUCCUGGAUUUGGACCUGUCAGGUGGAUGGCUUCUUUACUUUGCUGUUUGGCUUAGCGAGCAUCAACACCUUGACCGUAAUCAGUGUCACCAGAUACAUCAAAGGAUGCCACCCCAACAAAGGAUACUGCAUCAGCAUGAAUACCAUUGCAAUAUCGCUGAUCUGCAUUUGGACCGGAGCAGCUUUUUGGUCGACGGCACCAGUGCUGGGCUGGGGCAGUUACACAGAUCGAGGAUAUGGAACCUGUGAAGUUGACUGGUCCAAAGCUAAUUACUCCACUAUUCACAAGUCUUACAUCAUCUCCAUUCUCAUCUUUUGCUUCUUCAUCCCUGUGAUGAUCAUGCUGUCCUCCUACGUUUCAAUCAUCAACACUGUCAAAAGCACUAACGCCAUGUCCGCCGAGGGUUACCUCACCGCCCGUCAAAGAAAGGUGGAGAGGGACGUCACAAGGAUUUCCAUUGUAAUUUGCACAGCUUUCAUCAUGGCCUGGUCACCGUACGCGGUGGUGUCCAUGUGGUCUGCCUGGGGUUUCCACGUGCCAAGCACAACCAGCAUCAUCACCCGUCUCUUUGCCAAAUCAGCCAGCUUCUACAACCCGCUCAUCUAUUUCGGCAUGAGCUCCAAAUUUCGCAAGGAUGUGUGCAACCUCCUACCGUGCGCGGGGGAAAACAGGGAUGUGAUCCGUCUGCAACGUUUUAAAAACAUCAAGCUUAAGGCUGAGGCGAAGCCCCCACCCGCUCCACUUCCUGUCCAGGUACUGGAGGCCAAAUACACAGUGAAAGAAGAGAUGCAGUUCAAUCCUGACAGUGACUCAGGAGUAAAUAGUCCGCCACGAACUCCUCCAUUUCACCCGCAAGAGAUCUACCAUAUUGAUUUGCCCUCACAUAUCGAAACAUCCGAGUACUGCUGCGACAGACUUUAAAAACUGAGACAAUCUACUUGAACCCAUACUUGAAUUAUAAAGGGAAGAUUACGAGAGAAUUUUUUAUUUUUUUGCUCCCGCCCAUCGUAAAAGGACGUAAAAUGCAUUAUUACUUUCAAUAAAUUAUUUUCUGUGUCUGAACGGUUAUGCUGUGUUGUCUUUAAUCCUUAUAACUAUGAUUCAGUCUAAUCUGGAGUCAUACUUGCGCAAUAUGGACAUAGGUAACAUCUGGAAACGGUCUCCAACUCAUCCCAAGUAUGUGAUGGCACUCACGUACACGGUGCCUCUGGCUCCUCAUGCUAUCGUACUUCCUACAUCCCACACUCUCAGAGGGAUGCCAGACUGUGUGGGUAUGGUGUCUGCAGCACAGAAAAGCUUUUAUUAACAUUGGUAUUUGUUGGACAACGGUCCAGUCUUGUGAUCUCCAUCUAAAACAAUAUCAAAUAUUAUUAUUAUUUUUUUAAAUUUAAUAUAUAUUUGAAAAUCAAAACUUGGUUUACCUCAUGGAAUGUUUUAGACAGGAAUCUCAAACUUGCGGGCCAGUAUUUUGUAGCUCCCGCGUUGAUAUCUGGAUAUUUAUAUUAAGGACCUGUUUUGUUUAUGAAUCGCAACAAGCUAGCAUAGUUCAGUCUAAUGUCAGUUUUCAGCAAUGUUUAUCAUCCUGUUAGCCAAAGUCAAACUGUUUAGAGACGUAAAAAUCCUCUUUGUAGAAUAUCUUAAAAGCAAUUCAAUUCAAUUCUGUCAAUCUUGUAUCAUUGAAUCAACGUCACUUUUGCACCCUCAUUUAAUGUUGUGUCAACGCUGAACUCUUUACAAAACCUAAAGUCAUUUCGAUUAUUAAUAAUAUUGGAACAACGCUAAAUCAAUGCUAUGUUUUCGAUAGGGCUGUCAACAUUAUCGCGAUAACGCGCGGUAAUUAAUUUUUUAAAUUAAUCACAUUAAAAUAUUUGACGCAAUUAACGCAUAUGUCCCGCACAGACAGUAUUCUGCCUUUUGGUAAGUUUUACAGCAAGGCUUUUUGUGCUGUCUAACAGCGAACUCUUGUGGUCGCUUUGCGACAUGGUUUAUUGUGUUCUUGCCAGUUCAAUAUGGCUGCACGACGUCUCGGGCUGACGCCUACGUUGUAAUAUUGUGCUUAUAUGAUCCUUGGACAAGAUUUGUCCG